AUGUACAACCGACGAUGCGCACAAGAUGCGAGCCCCGAGUCCGUCAGCACAUUUACCUACUACCUCCCAACCGGCGCCGCCCCUGUCGAGGACAUGGACGGCAAAGUCCCCGGCCGGUCCAUGAUCGACGACGAACACUGCCGAAGCCGAGACCUCUCUCUCAUGCAACCCCCAUGUCCUCCCUCUCUUCACGCACGCACAUAUGCAGUAUCGGGGUAG